AUGGUGGUUCGUCACAUACCAACUCGACAGGAUUUAAACCCACGCGAACACGACAGCCCCUUCGGGGUAGCAACGGUGACCGGAGCAAACAAGAGUGAGCCAGCGGCGGCGGAUGGAGCUGGGGGGGGGGGUUUAUUCGUCACCGGAAACAACCGCGAUUGCCAACUGACUCGAUUUCUCACCGCCCAUCGGACGAACGUCGGCCUAGCAAUCUUUGAUUUCGCCGGCAGCAACCAGCGUCACUCGAAAGGUAGUUCCCGCUCCGACAGCGGUGACGAGCAACACGCCGAUAUCUAG